CCCUUUGACGACCGUGACACGUCCGCACGCCGUCAUCCCCUCUUCGCCAUUUCGUCCUUCUCAACACUCUUUUUCUCGCCAUAUUUCUUACGCGGGCCAGCGUUACCCUUCAGAGCCAUUCGCCCAUUGUCCCUCGUAGCCCGCCGCAGACACGCGACUAUACCGACCCGACCUUGCACCUUCCCAUCUCUUUCCUCUACAACUCGUGACCCGUGAUCGCUCGCUACAGUUCUAUCGCAAUGGCUGCAAACGCUCCUCAAGCUACGAGUGACAACCGGAACAUUGUCCGCAGGAAGCUGACGGGCUACGUCGGCUUCGCCAACCUGCCCAACCAAUGGCAUCGCAAGAGCGUCCGCAAGGGCUUCAACUUCAAUGUCAUGGUUGUUGGUGAAUCUGGUCUGGGAAAGUCGACUCUCGUCAACACUCUCUUCAACACUUCCCUCUACCCUCCGAAGGAGCGCAAGGGGCCCAGCCUCGACAUCAUUCCCAAGACGGUUACGAUCCAGUCUAUCAGCGCUGAUAUCGAGGAGGCCGGCGUGCGUCUGCGCCUGACGGUGGUCGACACUCCUGGCUUUGGCGACUUCGUCAACAACGACGAGUCUUGGCGGCCGAUCGUCGACAACAUCGAGCAGCGUUUCGACGCCUACCUCGACGCCGAGAACAAGGUGAACCGCAUGAACAUCGUCGACAACCGGAUCCAUGCCUGCGUCUUCUUCAUCCAGCCCACCGGCCACUCGCUGAAGCCUCUGGAUAUCGAGGUCAUGAAGCGCCUUCAUACCAAGGUCAACCUGAUCCCGGUCAUUGCCAAGGCCGACACCCUCAGCGAUGAGGAGGUUGCUGCCUUCAAGGCCAGAAUUCUCGCCGACAUCAAGUACCACAAGGUCCAGAUCUUCGAGGGCCCCCGCUACGAGCUCGAUGACGAGGAGACGAUUGCGGAAAACAACGAGAUCAUGUCCAAGGUUCCGUUCGCCGUUGUCGGCGCGAACAACGAGGUUACCAACGCCGAUGGCCGCCGGGUCCGCGGCCGUGCCUAUCCUUGGGGCGUCAUCGAGGUGGACAACGAGGAGCACUGCGACUUUGUCAAGCUGCGCCAGAUGCUGAUCCGCACCCACAUGGAGGAGCUCAAGGAGCACACCAACAACGUCCUCUACGAGAACUACCGGACCGACAAGCUGAUCGCUAUGGGCGUUUCCCAAGACCCGAGCGUCUUCAAGGAGGUCAACCCUGCCGUCAAGCAGGAGGAGGAACGCGCUCUCCACGAGCAGAAGCUUGCCAAGAUGGAAGCCGAGAUGAAGAUGGUCUUCCAGCAAAAGGUUGCUGAGAAGGAAGCCAAGCUGAAGCAGAGCGAGGAGGAGCUGUACACCCGUCACCGGGAGAUGAAGGAGCAGCUGGAGCGGCAACGGCUCGAGCUUGAGGAGAAGAAGGCGAGGCUCGAGAGCGGACGGCCGCUGGAGAAGGAGCCCAAGAGGAAGGGCUUCUCUCUCCGAUAAUCGGCGCAGCUGCCGCCCCGUCUGUCUCAUUUACUUCCACGACCUGUCUCAGUAUCAUGAUGCCCCCCAACAAUACCAGCUGGCCGCCUUGUUUUCCUUAUACGUCUUUUUUUGUUUUCUCACACUGUCCUUUUUUUAUUUUCUUCCACUUAAUCGCAGCCCCUUAAUACUUAACGCAAUUGGUCAUCCGGGAAGCGGUCAGGGGUUCUUUUGCAACGGCGUCUUCCGGGGUGUUUUUGGGGAUGUGCUUCGCCGUCGGCAAACAAAAGUAACGUCUAGAUCGGGUUCGGGAGACCAAGGAUCUAGCUUGUCGUCAUGGGAUGGCGGGCCAGCCGGACUCUUCUUGAAAAUCCUUCGACCUGAUUCGCCAAGUCGGGUGGGCGCGGGCGGCUGGGAGGGCGAAGAGGAGGGCUUGCUUGAAGGGUUGGACACCAGCCGGUCGGACUUGCUGGAUGGCUGCGAGCACCAAGCGGGGGCGGGCCAGACUCGUCCUCCUGCUGGUCAACCACAAGACAAGGCAGUCGCACCGGACAGCCUCGACUGCCAUCCCGCCGGCACCGACCCCCAUCCCAAAGAAGCUGGAGACUUCCUGGUUAUGGGAGCCUUUGGACGGGGACCUGGGAGGAUGGAACGCGUCAUGGAUGGAAGGGAGGUUACUGAACGGCGGCGGGGAACAACCGUCAGGGAGAAGGGGAGAGAGGAUUGCUUGGAUGAGAGGGUGUUUGCUUUCUUUCCUGUUCCCCUUGCCCUGCUUACCUACCUAUUAUACCCCCCUCCUCGACUGGCCUUUCCCCUCCUGCGUUCAGACGUUUCUCGCUUCUCUCAGGUUUUCUGUCGAAUCAGACUUGGGGCUGUCGCCAUAAGCCCCCUUUUUUCUGUCUUGUCUUUCCCCCCUUUCCUAGCAACUUACUUCUUGAGCCUCGCCUCACCUCGGCUUACUCAGCGCCUCCCUUUUGUUGUAGCUGUCGUUACCGUUGUUGUUGCUGCUUUCUAGCUUAAGUGUCUGUCUGAAAUAAAAAUGGAUCCUCUUAG